CGUCGCGAGGAAUCCUGGACGAAGACGAGGUUGAGUAGACUCGUUUUCAAUUUUGCGUCCUUCCUGUAUAUAAAGCCCGGGCUCGACUGUACCCCGUUCACCGGGAAGCGCUGCCAGAGCGCGGUGGCUCGAAAAAAAUGAUUUCUAUUCAGUCUAACGCGAGAGAUAUGUCUGUUUUCUUUCUUUUAUACGCUGUGUGUUUUCAUGAAACUGCUGCGCUAGCGAGCGCCACUGAUCCAAUAUGGCGUUUAUGUUUUAAAAUGAUGUUAAUUUGUAUAACGGUCUUUAGUCCAUAAAGCGGAAUUAUAGUAAGUUACAUCACUCGCAAAGCAUAAAAACACUACAAAUUGCUGCCUAAAAUUAAAUAUUAGUACGAGUUUCAAAAUAAUCAAUGGCAGAUUCACCUUUUAUUGCUGCCUAAUCAAAACAUUGCUCUUGAAAUCUAAAGAGAUGGCCACUUUUAUACAUAAAUAUAGCUUAACAUUAGUGUUGGGCUAGUUACUCAAAGAAUGUAAUAUAUUACUCAUUACUAGUUACUCCUUUCAAAAGUAAUAUUGUUACUUAUUACUUUCUGGCAACAGUAAUAAUUAGUUACACUACUAGUUGCAUUACUGUUUCUUCACGCCGCACAGAAGUUGUAACUGUGUAUCUUCCACAUAAAAUUCUUCUAGAAUGUUACUAACAACAUAUUUCUGCCUCAUCAUUUGACCAAAAUCCACAUUUUAUUACAAACACUCAAUAGUGAUUGAUAGUGACAUUCAAGUAGAAGUAAUCUCAUUAAUUGUCAUGUGUAGCUUGAAGCUAAUUGUAAUUUGUUGCUCAUAUACGAUUAUAUUUCAUUAUGCAUUUUAUCAAAUCACAUAAGUUUGUCAGAAACUGUUUAAUUUUCCAAAAAUAUUUUUAAUUAUAGUAAUAUAAUGUACCACAUGCUGAUCAGAGGGAUGUAAUGCCAGAGUAAUGUAAAGCCACAACUUACACAACAGUGUUCAGAUCAUAUUUUUUCCUGACAAAAUCAAUAUAAUGCAAUAUUUCUAUCUGCUGAAUGUAAGCUUUUCCAUAUUCUAAGCUUGCCUGCUGCACCGGGGACAUCACAUGCAUGUGUGAGUCCUGAAAAUUAUGAAAAUAAAUCUAGGAAUUAUUCAAUUGUUGCAUUUUAAAUCAGCAGGGUUGAGGCAUCAAAAGUAACUGGUAACUGUAAUAUUAUUACUGAAAUCUUAUUAGUAAUUAGUUACUGCAAAAAGUAAUAUUAUUACAGUAACUAGUUACUGCCCAACACUGCUUAACAUAUACUUGAACUAGUUUGACACCAGUCAAAAUAUUUUUUCUCAUUACACUAAAUACACAAAAAUAUUACACCAUAUUAAUAACCUAAAUUCAUGCAGAUUUGUAGGCUAUGUUUGGCUUGGGCUCUUGAUUUAGAGUGCUGUGUGUCUGUCAGAUUGAGAAUAAAUGGAGGAGGAAGAGAGAGAUGUGGAGGAUGUUCUUCAGUCUGAAGACAGAGAGGAUGCACAGCCUGAACACACAGGAGAUGGACUGCAACGUGGCGAAAACUCAAAAGCUGAAGAAAAUGCAGAUGUACAAGAGCUUCCACCAAUCAUUCCAGCCUCAGAAACUGUAGCAGCCAAUCAGAGGCCUUCCACAUUUCCCACGCAAACGGACAACUUAAUUAUACUUGACCAAAACGGACAUCCUAUUCAAUAUGAUCGGGUGGUGAUUGUGACAGGGGAGAAAUUAUAUGGUAUCCCAUCUGUGUCUAUGGGGGCCGCUCAGAUGUUACUACCUCAUGGUCAGCUGUUGAAUGUAGCAAAGUCAUCAGAUCUCUUUUUGGAGAAAAGACAGCAGACAAUCAUCACUUCCAUAAAAGACAGUGAUGGCACUCAUAGUUUAGCUGCAGUGGCAGCUCAGAAUGUCACUGGUAUUAAAAUUCAGAGGAAAAGUCCUCCUGAUGUAUUUGAGCCUCCAGUGAAGCCACUUCCACCCGGGGCACCAAACUGGGCUCUGAGACUGCGCCGGUGUGAGAAGAUCGGUGACUCAUACCGUGGUUACUGUAACACAGAGGCAGAGCUGGAAGCCAUUCUGCUUCUACACAAGCAGCAGACCCACACCGUGUUUGGCACCCGUCAGUCACCCUCACCGGCUAAACCUGCCACCAGACUCAUGUGGAAAUCACAGUAUGUGCCCUACGAUGGCAUUCCCUUUGUUAAUGCAGGAAGCAGAGCCAUUGUGAUGGAAUGCCAGUUUGGUCCACGGAGGAAGGGCGUUCAACCUAAAAAAGGGUCUGAGCAAGAAACAAAUCAAAACAUCCUCUACAAAGCAACCUGCCCUGCCAGAAUAUAUAUCAAAAAAGUACGAAAAUUCUUGGAGUACAAGGUUCCAACAGAUCCCAAAGUGGACAAGAAGGUAGUGCGGCAAGAGCAGGAGAAAGCCUUCAACCUCAAGAAGACUUUAUGGGAUGUUGGAGGCGUUGUAAGGUAUUACAUCCAGCUCCCCACAGAGAAAGCCCACCUGUACCACAACGUGGACACUGCAAACCUGCCUCCACUCCCAGAGCAGAUCUGCUUUGCAGAGGAACAACAAAUCGAAGAGGAAGAGACAGAGGAGCUGGAUGUCCUGAUGGAAGAUGGGACACCCCUACCCUCUCGACUACACCCGCUCGUAGCAGAGAAGAUCUGUGAAUUGGUGGCACAAGGUCAUAAUGAGGUUUACACUGUCCGCAAGCAGCUCAGGAGGUUUGUGGAACGUGAGAUGUUCAAAUCGGAGGAAGUGCCUGAGAGACACAAUCUGUGUUACUUUCCCACCGUCAAUGACAUCAAGAACCACAUCCACGAGGCUCAGAAAGCUCUUCAGAUGACUGCGGGACCACUGGCUACCUCAGACACAGAAUGGAAAGCAGAGGCUAAUAACUUGCUUCCGGAGACUUUGACCUUGGCUCUGACUCCUGCUACUGUGGGCGUAUCCUCUCAGAAGGAAGGGCUCCUGGAGGGAAGUGACACUCUUUCUCCAGAAGCAGUGCAGCUCUUCAGCUCUCUCACCUCACUGCAGCCCAAGAUCUUUGCACAUCUCCAGGCAAUCCAGCUACAGCCUGCCUUGUGUCCAGUGGAAGAAACUGCUCAGCCUACAGCAGCACCACCAGAAGCCCAAGAGCUGUCCAGCCCUGCGCCCCCACAGCCUGUCCUGCUGAGUCCGUCCCACUUCCUGCAGUCGAGUCCCGGUGCUGGUGAAAGCGUGGCUGUGUGUGACGGCCCGGCCCUGCUCGGCAUGGGUCAGCUGGUGAGCGUGGCCUCGGCCACUGAAGGUGGCAUCACACAAAUCUUGUUGGAGGACGGACAGGCCAUUCCUGUCCAGGUUGUGGACCCUGCAAGCAUAACUUUGACUCCCUCAGCGGACGAAACUCCAGUAAAAUAGGACGAUGGAUGUGUCAGCAGAGUCCGAGGAUGAAGAAAACAACAUUCUGAGCUCUUUGAUCACUGGAGGAUUCAUUCAUUGUAUCAUAUACAGUAUUAUGUGAACAUGGACUUGUAUGCAAUAUUGAUAUGUAGUAUUAUUAUUUUUUUCAAUUUCCAAUUAUUGCUAUUUUAAUUUAUUAUGGUGACAACAAGAGAAAAAAAGCAUUUUCUCAUUAAAAGUCUAACUGAAUAAAUGAGACCAGAAUUGAA